UAAGCACGCUGAGCCGGCUAAAGUUGUUAGUCCAUCAAAUUUACAAGCAAAGCAAAGCAUUCGAAAAAUGUCACCGGAAAAUGAGCAGCAGCAGCCGGCCGGCUUGAACUACGACGAGACCAAGUUGACCUUGGGGUUGCCUGGCUCGGGGUCUAAGCGUGGAUUUUCAGAGACCAUUGAUCUUAGUCUUGGGAGCUCAAGCUCAUCGUCGUCAAGAUCAGGGGUUGAAUGUUGUGAUCAAGAUUGUGCUGAUGGUGUUGGGGCCGAAACUCAUAAGCCUCCAGCAGCAAAGUUACAAGUGGUGGGGUGGCCGCCAGUGAGAGUGGCAAGGAAGAACUUGAUGAAGACGUGCAAGUACGUGAAAGUGGCAGUAGAUGGAGCUCCAUAUCUGCGCAAGGUGGAUCUUGAGAUGUACAAUAGCUAUCAGCAGCUGUUGGGUACUCUUGAGGACAUGUUCUCCUUCUUGACCAUCCGUAAUUAUUUGAAUGAGAGAAAGCUCAUGGACCCUGCAAAUGGAGUGGAGUAUGUACCAACUUAUGAGGACAGAGAUGGGGAUUGGAUGCUUGUAGGAGAUGUACCAUGGAAAAUGUUUGUGGAAUCAUGCAAGCGGAUCCGGUUGAUGAAAAGCUCAGAGGCAAUUGGAUUAGCACCAAGGACACCUCCAAUAUCCACAAGCACAAGUUGAAAGAGAUGCCUUCUACAUAUGAUAAAGAGACUGAAUGAAUGAAUGAAUGAAAAAAUAUAUAUAUGCAUGUACAGAGGCUUUUUCUUGAUGGUUGGGGGGUUUUGAUUAGAUAGAAAAGUUGACAAGAAUAAGAGAUCGAUCUGUGAUUCUCUAUAAGUUGCAUUUUUCCAUUUUGGUAUUGAAUGCACUUGAUGUUGUAGGCUUUUUCUCCCCAUUUUUGGGUUCAUCACAGUUUUUCUUGGAUUCCAUAUUUAGAUAUACACAGUAAGUUUGAUA